AACGAAGCAGAGUAGAAGGAGAAGAAAGGAAAAGUAAGACUGACGGCGGUACGAGUGACAAUUCUGAGGUGUUCGCUUGCAAAAGACUCGAGGUGGCAUAAGAGGAGGAUCGGUAGAUUCGGGCUGGGAGAAAGUUUCCAAGCGAACGCAGCAAACAGAAACAACGCGAUGGUGGAAGUUUUGGUGGAACCUGGUGGCCAAGAAGCGACCGCCUUGGGUAACGAUUGCAAAUUGAACGGCAACCCGACGGAACGUUUGGCUCGAAGCGAUCGUUGCGAUUCGAUUUUAGAACAGUCGAACCUUAGCCCGAUUCAACAGUUCUACAAUGGGCAAAGCAUCUUCAUCACUGGUGGUACCGGAUUCGUUGGCAAACUUUUAAUUGAAAAACUUCUCCGAGAGUGUCCUGGGAUCUCGUUCGUCUAUUUGUUGAUACGUCCGAAGAAGGGGAAGGAUAUGCAUCAACGUAUCGAAGAAAUCUUCGACGACCCGCUCUUUGAUAAACUGAAAGAGACGCAACCAAAAUUUCGGCAUCAAAUCGUUGUGGUAGCCGGAGAUUGCAGUCAACCAGGUCUCGGCAUGUCCUCUGUAGAUAGACAAACGGUUACGCGAGAAGUCUCUAUCGUUUUUCAUGUUGCGGCAACAGUCAGAUUUGACGAGAAAAUGAAACUUGCCGUACCAAUCAACGUUCGUAGUCCGAUAGAGGUAAUGAAUCUCUGCAAGGAAAUAUCCUCUUUAAAGUCGUUCGUCCAUGUGUCGACGGCAUACGCUAAUUGUCCGUUAGAUCUUAUCGAAGAGAAGGUCUACGAAGCACCGAUCGAUGGAGAGAAGUUGAUAACUAUCGUUGAAUAUAUGGAUGAGAAAUUAAUCGAUGAAAUUACCCCGCGAUUGUUAGGUGCAUGGCCGAACACGUAUACGUACACGAAAGCAGUAGCUGAAAGUGUCAUUGUGAAACAGGCCGGCGAGCUGCCUGUUGGAAUAUUUCGUCCUGCCAUUGUGAUAUCGACGUAUCGAGAACCGAUACGAGGAUGGAUCGACAAUCUGUACGGACCAACAGGUGUUGCAGCUGGAGCUGGUACCGGUGUCUUACGAUCGAUUCAUUGCGAUGGAUCCAUACAAGCCAAUGUCGUUCCUGGUGAUUUAACAGUAAAUGCUCUGAUAGCUUGCGCUUGGGACAUAGCGAAUCGUCGAAAAUCUGCGACCACCAAAGAAACAGGAAAUGACAUACCCGUUUACAAUUACGUUUCGAAAGAUAAUCCUAUAACGUAUGAUCAAUUGAAAGUUUUAUCUGAAAAAUACGGACUUCAAUUUCCCACUAGCAGAGCCAUAUGGUACUAUAGUUUCCGAAAUAACAAACACAAGAUAAUUCAUCUUAUGUACGUUUACUUGUUACAUUUAUUGCCGGCACUCUUGAUCGACACUAUCACGCUCUGUUUAGGAAAAGAACCGAGGAUGUUAAAAAUUUAUAAAAAGAUACACAAAUUUAUGGAUGUACUCAACUAUUUUUCUACCAAGGAAUGGAAAUUUUCAAAUGACAAUGUUAAAGGAUUAUUGAAUAAAAUGACAAAGGAAGACCGUGAAAAUUUUGCAUUCGACAUCACGGAAAUUGACUGGGAUCAUUAUUUUCGAAUGUAUGUACGUGGAAUUCGUAUGUAUCUGAUAAAAGAUCCGCUAGAUACUCUUCCAAAAGCACGUGCCAAGUGGCAAAGAUUAUAUUGGACUCAUCAGGUGGUUAAGCUAAUUCUCGGCUAUGCUGUAUUACGAAUAUGUUGGUUAACUUUGUCUCUUCUCUUUCGGAAUUGUAUACGUCAAUUUGCGUAGCAAAUGAAUUUUACGCGUAUGACAAGCGGAAAUCAGAAGCGCGCGGCAAUGCACGCAAUAAUAUACGUCGGAUGCACAUACAUAUAUGUACCUUUGUUUGAACUUGGUUGAGGAUCAAGCGUCGUUUUUGUCUCAACUUCAUCAUCGCGAGAUGAUCUUGUUCCCCGUGUUUGUGAUCGAAAGUGAGGCUACUUUGCUGACUUUCUGAAUAACUCGGAAGAAUGGAGAAGAAGAAAAGAGAAAUAAAACAUAUUGAAAAAAGAGUAUUACACAAUUUAAUUCGUUCAGGUGCCGCGUAUUCGCUUUUAUUCAAUUCAAGAUCAUUGCAAAACCGUUUGGUAACUCCAAUCUGAUAUAUCAUUUGAGAAAUUUUCGCGUUUGAGAAAUUUGUAAGUAAAUGAUAAAAUGCAAUGCGUUUCCUUUCAUUUCUCUUUCCUUCUCUUUUCCUUUAUUUCACGAACGUUCUUAUAGGACAUAUUUUCCGCUUAUUGGGAAAUUAAGGCAAUACCGCCUAAUUUUCAAUUGUGUUUUAAAGGUGUGCAAAUCUUGUACUUUACGCUUUCAUUUGUAAUAAAACAUAGUUUCCUUUUUAUGGAAAUCACAAUUGAUUCGACUUGCUUGCUCUGUUAUCUCUUGUGAUGACAAGAUAUCGCGUAUAGAUAGCCAGUUGUGAUCGGUUUGGUAACGGCAACUGGUCAUGCCGGUUCGAAUCGCAUUGUAUUUAAUGUCACUCGAUAAUAAAUAUACAAUUGUUGCAUAAGA